GCUAUUAUUUAGUCACGCAUUACCUAAUAUGUGAAGGUUAUAGUAAAAGUUCUAGCUUUAUCUCUAUAAUUUAUUGCUUACAAUGCGAGAAACUCUGAUAAACAGUUUACAAAAAAUAUCGAUAUCAAUAAAACCAGCAUUUAAGAAAGUUUCUAGUGAUAACUUCAUAAAUAAUGUUUUAACGAGUGAUUUGCGAGUUUCCGUAGAAAUAUGCCCUAACAGAGGCCUAAACGAGGAUCUUUUGUGUUCGAUCCCUUUUAGUUUUUGUUCUGUGACGUGGCGUACACCCUCCAAUCAACAAUUGGAGAAUGUAGAACAGAUACCCGCUCUAAUAUUAGCCAAGCAGUUGAAUUCGAAUGGAUACAACGUGUUGUUACAUCUAGCGGGAAGGAAUUUGAAGCGUGAUCAAGUUGUUAGAAUUUUGGAGGAUGUAAAAAGUGCAGGAAUUAAGAAUUUAUUUGCGCUUCAAGGAGAUCCGUCCGAAAUUAAAGAAAAAGACGAUAAAAAAUGUGAUUUUCCAUAUGCGUCUGAUUUAGUCAAAUUUAUACGAGAACUUCACGGAAAUUUUUUUUGUGUUGGAGUAGCCGGUUAUCCUGAAAAACAUCCACAAUGUGAAAAUAUUGAGAAAGACCUCCAAUACUUAAAGUUUAAGGUAACACGCGGUGCAGAUUUUAUCAUAACCCAAGCAUCUUACGAUUAUCAAAAGUUUUCAACUUUUUCUCAACAGUGCCACUUGAUGGGCAUAAAUGUUCCGAUUAUUCCGGGCGUAUUUAUUAUAAGUUCCCAGAGGACCCUCACUGCCAUGUCAAAAUUUUGUGGAGUUCCAAUUCCCAGAAAUAUUCUUGAUGCUGUUGAGGCUAUAAAAGACGAUGAUGACGAUGUAACAAAGUUCGGUAUCCAGCAAGCUACUGAAUUAAUAGAAAAAAUUUUCGAGAAUCAGCAUCUAUUUGCUGGAGUCCAUAUGUUUUCUUUAAAUAAUUUAGAAUUAGUAAAAAGUGUAUUACUGAAAACAAGAAUAAAUUCAGAGCAUUUGCUUCCAUUAAAUGCAUAAGCAAACAAAACUUUUAAAUAAAUUUUAAAUAUUACAGUGUAUGUGAUUUGUACUUUAAUGUUAAAUAAUAAAUAUA